AUGAGACCCUCCAAGGCGAUGCAGCGCUACAGAAGCGUCCGGAGAAAUGCCAGCCAGCGCUACCUGUACCAGGAGUCCCUGCUGCUCAGCAGCCUGGACGACAGCCUCAGCGCGGACGCGAUGGGGGACAGCAGUGAUCCGGAGCGCAUCUUCCAGAACAUACAGCUCCAGAAGGAGCUCGUGGCCAACAUCCGCUGCCGACCCUGGAGCAUGGGCCAGAAGCUGAGGGCGCUGAGACGAGCGAAGGAGAUCGUGCUGAAGUUUGAAGGGCGGCUGACCAGGACCCGCGGCUACCAAGCGGCAGGGGCAGAGCUCUGGCGGAAGUGUGCCCGGCUGGCCUGUAACUUCGCGGCGGUCUUCAUCCCCUGGGAGACGAGGAUUAAGAAAAUCGAGAGUCACUUUGGCUCCGGGGUGGCGUCCUAUUUCAUCUUCCUGAGAUGGCUCUUUGGAAUCAAUAUUGUGCUCACCGUGAUGACGGGGGCUUUUAUUGUCGUCCCAGAGCUCAUCGCCGGCCAGCCUUUCGGGAGCACCGCCAGCAAGAGCAUCCCCGAGACACACGUGGCGUCAGCCCACGACCUGGACACCGUCUGGUCCCUGGGGGGCUACCUGCAGUCCUCCGUCCUCUUCUACGGCUACUACGGCCGGGAGCGCAGGAUCGGCCGAGCGGGCUACCGGCUGCCCUUGGCCUACUUCCUGGUGGGCAUGGCGGUGUUCGCGUACAGCUUCAUCAUCCUCCUGAGGAAGAUGGCCAAGAACUCCCGCACCAGCCUCGCCAGCGCCUCCAGCGAGAACUACACCUUCUGCUGGAGGGUCUUCUGCGCCUGGGACUACCUCAUCGGGAACCCGGAGGCCGCGGAGAGCAAAGCCGCAGCCAUUGUGAACAGCAUCCGGGAAGCGAUCCUGGAGGAACACGAAAAGAAGAGAAGGAAAAACCUAGCGGUGACCGUCUGCCUGAGGGUCAUCGCCAACAUGCUGGUGCUCCUGUCCCUGGCUGGGAGCAUCUACCUCAUCUACUUCGUGGUGGACCGGUCCCAGAGGCUGGAGCAGUCCAAGAAGGAGCUGACGCUCUGGGAGAAGAACGAGGUGAGCGUGGUGGUCUCCCUGGUGACCAUGAUCGCGCCGUCUGCCUUCGACCUCAUCUCCGCCCUGGAGAUGUACCACCCGCGGACCACGCUGCGCUUCCAGCUGGCGAGGGUCCUCGUGCUGUAUCUGGGGAACCUCUACAGCCUGAUCAUCGCUCUGCUGGACAAAGUCAACAGCAUGAGCACCGAGGAAGCUGCCACCAAAAGUAACUCAAGCCACUGGCCGGACGCCACCGCCCUCUUUGCCACCAGGACAGCCCCUAAAGAGGAGCAGUGGCCCAUGCCCGGGCCGGGCACGGCACUCGGCAGAAACAGCACGUGGGCCCUGGGGUCAGCGGGCGUCCCCGCGUCCCCCCCGACGCUCUCCCAGGCCAACCAGACGUCCGGCACCCUGCCGAGCCCACAGGGCCAGUGCUGGGAGACCUACGUGGGGCAGGAGAUGCUGAAGCUGUCCAUCAUCGACAUGCUCUUCACGGUGGCCAGCAUCCUGCUCAUCGACUUCUUCCGGGGGCUCUUCGUGCGGUACUUGAGCGACUACUGGUGCUGGGACCUGGAGAGCAAGUUCCCUGAAUACGGGGAAUUCAAGAUUGCGGAGAACGUGCUGCACCUGGUCUACAACCAGGGGACGAUCUGGAUGGGGUCCUUCUUCUCCCCGUGCCUCCCUGCCUUCAACGUCCUCAAACUGAUCGGGCUCAUGUACCUGCGGAGCUGGGCGGUGCUCACCUGCAACGUGCCCCAUCAGCAGGUGUUCCGAGCGUCCAGGUCCAACAACUUCUACCUGGCCAUGCUGCUGUUCAUGCUGUUCCUGUGCAUGCUGCCCACCGUGUUCGCCAUCGUCCGGUACAAGCCGUCCCUGCACUGCGGGCCGUUCAGUGGGCAGGAGAAGAUUUACGACGUCGUGUCAGAGACGAUCGAGAAGGACUUCCCGGCGUGGCUCAGCUCCGUGGUGGGGCACGUGAGCAGCCCCGUGGUGAUCCUGCCCGCCGUGCUGCUGCUCCUCAUGCUCAUCUACUACCUGCAGAGCAUCGCGAGGUCCCUGAAGCUCAGCAACCAGCAGCUCAAAGUGCACAUCCAGAAUGCAAGGUCUGAAGAUAAGAAGAAGGUCGCCCAGAUGGUGGAAGCCCGGAUCCAAACCCGGGAGGACGGCCCCAGGAGGCUGCCGGAGGACAGUCAGCUUGGCAGCCAGCUGUCCCUGACUCUCUUGGCGACGCCCCAGAACAAUGGCCACGUGGGCAGCUUCCACUCGGCCAGCAGCAGGAGUGGCGGGGCGGAGACGGUCACCCAGCCCGCGCCCCAGAGCCCCCUGCUGGGGCCCAGCCACCCCAGAUCCGGGCCAGAGUGCGACACCUACAGGCAUCCACGUGGUCCGCGUGCCGGCCCAGGUGACCGUCGCCAGAACAGAUCCUGCGCCCCCGUGACCGUGGCAGAGCACAUCGAGGGUACUCGCUCAGAACCCCUUUUUCGAAAAGACUUUGAGCGCGUGGGCCCUCGUCUCCACGGACCAGGGGUCUCGGGCCCGGUGCCCUCUGCGCACAGACCCCGCGCCCCCAGGUACUAUCUCGCGAAUGAGUGUGACUCUCACAAAAGACACCACCCAACACUCUGGCCAGAAGGACAUUUCAAGAUAGAUGCCUCGGGGGGUGUUGUGGAGGUGUACCCCAGGAGUAUACAGCACUGGGGGCCCCGGGCCCCCCAGCGGGCUCGCUCCCCGCCGCCGAGUGAAGACGAGGAGACACUGAGGGGAGAGCGGAGCCGCUGGGCGCUGCAGCCCUGCUCCCUGGCACACCUGCCCGGGGCUCCUCGCUCCGCCGGCCACAGGUCAGGGAGCCACACCCCGGCUCCCGGGCACCCGAGACAGGGGCACUCCCGGCCUCGGACGGAUGCUUCCGACAGGCCGACACGCGCGCAGAAGCAGCCCCGCUCCCGGCGUCCCCAGCACCACCAGCACCCUCUGCGGCCCCGCGUCCAGCCCCGGUUUGAACCGUCCCUCUCGGAGUCCGACUCCAUGUCGGCGGCGUCCAGUAGCGACCAGCAGGAUAGCAGCACGGACCAGUACCUGCAGGUCACCCGCAGACACGGCCGGCUCCCGAGGUGUGCGGGCCACGGCGGCAGGAGGAAGGCCUCCCCGAGGCAGGAGCUGACCUUGGAGCUGAGUGACCUGGUCUGUUCACACGUCUAG